CACAAUCACAUUUACACAUGAGGUUUUCAGAUACAUCUUUGUUAGAUAAUAUUUUACAUCUUUUAAGAUGUCGAUCUAAAUUACCUCUAAAAGUAGAUGUGUAAGAGCAACUAGAGCAUUUAUGCAGAAUGCUGGUAAUCGUAGAGCUGGAUUCUGGAUGAAUUUUAACAAUAUGAUCAUCUAAUGACCUUUGAUGAUUAUAAUUUUCAUCACAGUAAUUACAAGAAUAUACAGAGUUUUAUAGUCACAUAUUUCACAAUGGUGUUUAUCUAGAAGAUAUUUACUACGAAAAAGAUAGUUGCAAUGACUGCACUUCAACUGGUCUCUACAGGUUUCAACUUUCCCUUGAGAGUGAUACAUUGAGGUUCCAUCAUUUUCCACACUGAAAAAAUAAUUUUGGUCAAACAGCCAAUGCUUGGUCAAUACCCAGUUUUGAUGAAAAUGAAUAGUGUUUCUUGUUUUAGUCCAUUAUUUUCCAAAUGAAACAACCUUGGUGUACAAUGACAAUAUACAAAGACGUUCAUUA